AUGGCAAAUUCCAAAUUUGAAUAUGUCCGCGCCUUCGAGCAACCAGACUACCUGCUCCCAAACACGUGGGUUGUGGUCAGAGUAGAUGGUCGGGCAUUUACCAAAAUGUGUGCAAAGUACAACUUUGAAAAGCCCAACGACCGCCGGGCGCUGGAUCUCAUGAACGCUGCGGCCAAGGCUGUAGUGACUGAUCUUUCCGACAUCACCAUUGCCUACGGUGUAAGCGACGAGUACAGCUUCAUAAUUCACAAGUCGUCAGGGCUGUUUGAACGAAGAGCGAGCAAACUCGUCAGCACCAUCGUCUCAACAUUCACUGCAAACUACGUCCACCUGUGGCCAAAAUACCUGCCUGAAACACCCCUCUCCUUUCCACUACCCACUUUCGACGGGCGCGCAGUUUGCUACCCAACCGUCUCGAACCUGCGUGACUACCUGAGCUGGCGUCAGGCGGAUUGCCACAUCAACAACCUUUAUAACACAACUUUCUGGGCUCUGAUCCAGCAGGGAGGGCUUGAUAACAAGGAGGCUGAGAAAGCCCUAGCUGGAACAUUGGCUGCGGACAAAAACGAGAUUUUAUUCUCUCGUUUUAAAAUCAACUACAACAAUGAGCCAGAGAUGUUCAAGAAAGGCAGUGUUGUGUUUCGAGAUUACGAGUUGGUUGAACCUGACAGCCAUACGAUCACCGAGACUAUGGACUCGCUUGCAGAGCCUAUCAAGCAAUCCAAGACGCAAACAGAAAAUGACAAGAAGCGUCGAGCAAAGGCAUGUAUCGUUGUAGACCACUUGGACAUUAUCAAGAACGACUUCUGGGACAGGCGACCAUGGCUAUUGUCGAACAAGCCUGGGAAAAUCCCCAAAGAAACUUAG